CAACAAUAUCAUUAUCUAGUACUAAGCUAAAUUAUAUACUCAGUUUAUUCAAUUUGAACAAUCAAAAGUUUGUAUCAUGUCUGGAAACAGAUUGUAUUUGGGCAAACUACCUUACGAUACCACCAAACGCGACUUGGAGAGCUUUUUUAAAGGCUACGGACGCAUCGAAGAAAUACUCCUGAAGAACGGUUACGGGUUCAUUGAAUUCGAGAGUUCUCGUGACGCUGAGGACGCAGUUUACGACUUGGACGGCAAGAAACUGCUUGGUCAGAGAAUUUCCAUUGAGAAAGCCAGAGGUAAACCAAGAGGAAGAGACAGAAACAUUGGCGUCUCCGACGGCUAUGGCAUUCGUGGCCGCGGCAGGAAACCAGUUCGCACCAACUACAGACUCUUGGUCGACAAUCUGUCGUCCAGAAUCAGUUGGCAGGACCUGAAGGACUGCAUGAGAGAAGCCGGUGAGGUUACGUACGCCGAAGCACACAAACCUUAUGUGAAUGAAGGCGAAGUCGAGUUUGCGACUUGUAAAGACAUGAAACGGGCCAUCAAAAUGUUCGAUGGUUACAGACUUAACGGUCGUAAGAUUGAGUUGAGGGAGGAUCCUGAGACGAGACGUAGAAGAUCACCGUCUGGACGUAGGUCAUAUUCCCGAUCUGUGUCUAGGUCCAGGUCUCGCUCUCGAGGGUCUAGGAAAAGUGGUUACAGAAGUAGGUCACGUAGUUACCAGAAGUCUAAGAACGGCAAGAGGACGCCUAGUCGUUCUCGUUCAAGAACACAAUCAGCCGAAAGGAACGAUAGGUCUCGUUCCCGUUCUAUUCAAAAGAAGAGGGACAAUUUCCAAAGGAAUGAAAAAUCUAGAUCUCUCUCCCGUUUUCAUCAAAAGAAGAGAGAUAGUUCCAGAUCUCUCUCUCCUUCUUUUCAGAAGAAGAGAGAUAGUUCUCGUUCCAGAUCUCGUUCAGUGCAAAGAAACGGUAAAUCAAGAUCUCGUUCUCCUUCUCUUCAGAAGAAGAGAGAUAGUUCUCGUUCCAGAUCCCGUUCAAAGAGAGAUAGUUCUCGUUCCAGAUCUCGUUCAGUGCAAAGAAACGGUAAAUCAAGAUCUCGUUCUCCUUCUCUUCAGAAGAAGAGAGAUAGUUCUCGUUCCAGAUCCCGUUCAGUGCAAAGAAACGGUAAAUCAAGUUCUUGUUCAGUGCAAAUGGACGGUAAAUCAAGAUCUCGUUCCCCUUCUGUUCAAAAGAAGAGAGAUAGUUCUCGUUCCAGAUCGCGUCCAGUUCAAAGAAAUGGAGAUGCAAGAUCCCGUUCUCGGUCAAUUCUUAGAAACGGUGAUUCUAAAUCUCGUUCCCGUUCAAUUGAAAAGAAACCACAAGAUGAAAGGCGUAGUAUGUCUCCAAACUGCAGCAAUGACAAAGAAGUCCCGAAAGCGAGUAAGAGGUCCAGAAGCCGCUCCGUAUCAUCCAAAGAGUCACUGAAGAGGUCUGCUUCUAGAUCUCCGUCCAGAAGCCCGAAGAAGUCCAAGAUUGAGGAAGGUAGAUCGCGAUCUUUGUCACAAGAGAGGAAUUAGUAUUA